AAUACACUCAGACCAUACCAUACUUUCAAUGUACGUAUGAUGUCAGAGAUUGUACAGAAAAAUGUACAGCUGCAGAUCAAACUUGUAUUGACGCAGGCGCAACCAGUUCUGCUAGUUCUUCUACCACAGGUAACAUUUUAACUGCUGCCGCAGCUCUUCCUACGCCAACGAUUAAUGGCGGCCAACUUCAGAAUUACCCAGAAAUUCAGAAGUUAAUGUUAUCCGCGAACUUUGAACCGGAUUUUCGUAACAAGGAGCGAGAUGUUCCAAAGACUAUUCGAAAGAUCUGA